UAAUGGCAAAAAUAAAUGAAAAACUAGGCACCUUUUCUAUCUAGUGUGGAAGUCGAAAAGGAAUAGAGGAAAAAUGUCUUCUGGAAAGGCUUCUAAGGAAUUACUCCAGAUGGACCUGUACGGGCUGCUGGGAGUGGGGCCUGAUGCAACAGCGAAAGAGAUUAAGAAAGCAUACAGACAGAAAGCGCUAACUUGCCAUCCAGACAAGAAUCCGGACAACCCUCGGGCAGCUGAACUAUUUCAUCAGCUGUCUCAGGCCUUGGAAGUGUUGACGGAUGGUGCUGCCAAGGCUGCAUAUGACAAUCUCCGGAAAGCUAAAGAGGCUGCUGCAAAAAGAACACAAAAGCUAGAUGAGAAGAGAAAAAAAGUAAAGCUUGACUUGGAGGCUCGUGAGCGGGAAGCACAGGCUGUGGUGACAGAAGAGGAUGAAGCACAAGUGGCACAAACAUUGGAACAAGAGAUCAUACGCCUGCGGGAAGAAGGAUCACGGCAGCUGGAAGAGCAACAGAGGCUGGUACGGGAGCAGAUCAAAGCAGAGAUGGAACAGAGGCUGCGAGGUUAUGCCGCCAGUGGUGCUGGAGAUGGGCUAGUGUCUGCUAAACUUAAGCUAAAAUGGAAGUGCAAGAAGGAUGAUGAGACAAGAGGUGGUUAUACGGAAGAUGUGCUUAGGAUGCUCCUUCAAAAGUAUGGGCAAGUUUCUAAUUUACUCGUCUCCAGCAAGAAAGGAUCUGCUAUAGCAGAGUUUUCAUCAUUUAAAGCAGCGGAAAUGGCAGUGAGAAACGAAUCCGGCCUUAUAAGUAACCCUCUAAAGAUAUCCUGGCUGGAAAGCCCUCCAUCUUCCUUUCUCCAGGAGAAUUCCAGUUCUUCAUCUGCCAAUAUUCACUCUGCACCUUUCCAGGGUUCUGUACGCUCAGAGCGGGAUUUUGAAAGCUUAGUGAUGAUGAAGAUGAGACAAGCUGCUGAGCGCCAGCGGCUCAUAGAGCAAAUGCAAAGAGAAGAUGAGUGAUCGAAGGAUUAACACUUUGCCCGGCUGGCAGAUUUGUAUUUUAUACUGGUUGCUGAUUUUUUCCAGCAGUCAUGGUUUGUUAUAUAAUAAGUGUCUUUAUAAGACAUGAACCUAUAGUUGUGAUGAUACAGACUCUUCCCCCUCGUAACCCGGAGAGAAAUAUUGAACCAGACCAGGUUGGUAAGCCAGUUGCCGCACAAUCAUGGACAAAAGCAGUCUAAAGACAUAUGUUUUUAUUUGUACACUGGCAUUUGGAUAUGACAUUGUCAUUAUUAAAUCUCAUUCUUACAUUU